UGACUUCCUAUAUCUCUCUCUCCUCCUCAUGCACGAGCGCUACUUCACCGACUGCUGGUUUUCUCUCUCUUUUUUCUCUCUUCCAUAUUUUUAUCUGUUUUUUUAUUUACUCAACGCAACCGCAAAAUGUGGAAGUCCGUGGUGGGUCACAAUGUGAGUGUGAAGGUGGCUUCUGAGGGGGACGACUGGGAAACCGAUCCAGAUUUUGAAAACGAUGUUUCGGAGCAGGAACAGAGGUGGGGAUCAAAAACCAUUGAAGGAUCAGGACGCAAAGAGCACAUCAGUGUGGCCGAUCUGAGGCAGAAGGUCUCUCAGGAGCAUGAAGUGGUGCUGAAGAAGGAGCAGGAAAAAGGUCCUAAAGCUUCAUACGGAUACGGCGGCAAAUUCGGCAUCGAGAAAGACCGGAUGGAUAAGGAUGCAGUGGGGCACAGCUAUGUAGCUCAGGUAUCUCAGCACUCGUCUCAGACAGACGCAGCGAAGGGUUUCGGAGGGAAAUUCGGUGUACAGAAGGACCGUAAAGACCAGUCUGCUCUGGGCUUCGAGUAUAAAGGAGAAGUCGAGCAACACGCCUCUCAGAAAGAUUACUCUAAAGGGUUCGGAGGGAAGUUCGGAGUGCAGAAGGAGCGAGUGGAUAAAGCGGCUCUGGGAUACGAUUAUAAAGGAGAAACCGAGAAACACGAGUCACAGAAAGAUUACUCUAAAGGGUUCGGAGGGAAGUUCGGGGUGCAGAAGGAGCGAGUGGAUAAAGUGGCUCUGGGAUACGAUUAUAAAGGAGAAACCGAGAAACACGAGUCGCAGAAAGAUUACUCUAAAGGGUUCGGGGGGAAGUUCGGAGUGCAGAAGGAGCGAGUGGAUAAAGCGGCUCUGGGAUACGAUUAUAAAGGAGAAACCGAGAAACAUGAGUCGCAGAAAGACUAUGCUAAAGGUUUUGGAGGACGCUUUGGCGUACAGGACGACCGCAUGGACAAGAGCGCAGCUUCCUUCAGUCAGAUGGAAUCUCCGACUUCAUCCUAUGAGAAAACUCAACCCCUCGAGGCCUCGAGUUUAGGAGCAGGAAACCUGAAGUCUCGCUUUGAGAACAUGGCGAAGACAGCGGAGGAGGAGAGCAGGAAGCAAGCAGAGGAGGAGCGAGUGAGGAGACAAGCUCGAGAAAAGAGAGAAAAAGAGGAGGCACGGAAGAGACAAGAGGUGACCAGCUGUGAGUACGAGCAGGAGAAACAGAGGACUCCUGUCAUCCCUGAAGCUGUAAAACCAUCACCGAGCUUCAGAUCACUUCCAGAAAUUCCCAGAGACUCUCCUGAUCCUGUAGCUGAAGUAGAUGAUGAGCAGCCUGAUAAUGACUAUGACGAGCCCCCGAAUCUUCCCCCUCGAUCUGAUGACCUGUUAGAUCAAGAUGACUCUGCUCCUCCUCCACUUCCUCAGAGAAACAUUAUUGAAGAAGAAUACGAGGAACUUGGCUCAGCCCAUCAAGCGGAAGACGACAGCUCCGUACCUCCUCCUCUUCCUCACAGGGACAUCGGAGGAGAAUACGAGGACCUCGGAUCAGCUCAUUACACCGAAGAAUCCGCUCCUCCUCCUCUUCCUCACAGAGACAUCCCUGAAGACUACAGGGACCUCAGAUCAGAUCACCCCACCACUGUUGAGAACGAUUAUGAAGAUAUAAACACUGGUGGACAAUCAGCCAAAGCUCUGUACGACUAUCAGGGCGAGGCGGAUGAUGAGAUCUCCUUCAUGCCUGAUGACAUCAUCACUCACAUCGAGAUGGUGGACGAGGGCUGGUGGAAGGGACACUGUCACGGACGCACUGGACUUUUCCCAGCAUCCUUUGUGCAGCUCAUGUAGAGCAAAUCCACACGUCUGCAUUAUGUGUGUGUGUGUGUGUGUGUGUACAACAUCGGCUCCUUUUUCAUGUUGUUUUUGGGUGCAGGGUUGCCAAAUCUGCUGCUUUUAAUGCCUCUUCUUACCUUCCGCCAGGUGUGUGUGUAUGUGUGUGUAUGUGUGUGUUUGUGUGUGUGUGAUAUGCAGACUAGAUGUAAAACAGAAAAUUAAACAAAGGCCCAGGAACUGUUAUGAAUAUAAUUAUUAUAGAGGCACAAUGUUUUAUCAUGGUUUUUAUUGGAUCAUGGUUUAUUUUUAGAUUUUAUAUGUUUUAUAAAUAUAUAUUUUUUCCACCAUAUUAUAAUAGUGAUGCACUUUUUAUUUAGGAGUCAAAAUGUGCCAUAAAGUUGCUAACUGAGGGUUAUGUUGGUGAGGAUCAUGUUGGUGAGGAUCAUGUUGGUAGCUGGGGUUUAUGCUGGUGAGGAUCAUGUUGAAGGGGUUAUGCUGGUGAGGAUCAUGUUGAAGGGGGUUAUGCUGGUGAGGAUCAUGUUGAAGGGGGUUAUGUUGGUGAGGAUCAUGUUGGUAGCUGGGGUUAUGCUGGUGAGGAUCAUGUUGAAGGGGUUAUGCUGGUGAGGAUCAUGUUGAAGGGGUUAUGCUGGU